AUGCAGCCCGCUUACUUUAAUACUAUUUAAGGGCAAAUAAAUAUAAUGGUAUAACAAACUCAAAAUUAGCCAUAAUAUAGUGGGAAUUCAUUUAUUAUAGCUACAUCAGUUAGUGUAGCAAUUUUGAUUAUUUUGCUUGUUAUAGUAAUUCUGUGUGCUAGGAGAAAGCGCUAACUCUAAAAACGAAGAUUGUAACAACAGCUUUCGAGAAACAGAUAAGAACUUUAGCAAAAUAACCCUUCUUCAAAUAUUGAUUAACAACUUUUAUAAUCCUUGCUAAAUUAAAAUCCUAUGGCAUUAUUAGCUCAAAGUGUACUGAUGAAUUUGCCUUAGGCAGUUUAAAAAGAUGAUAAAAAAUAUUUUUAAGAUUUUGAUAAGUGCUUUCCUUUAAUGACACUACAAUAAAUACAAGAUUACUUAAAACAAGAAAAUCCUAACAUAAAAGCUGAAGAUAUAAAUAAAGAAUGUUCAAUAUGUUACUGUGAUUUUGACGAAGAAAAGGAUGAACAAGAAGAUUAAUAAUAAGAAAAAGAAAAAAAAUAGAACUAAAAUUAACAAUAAAUAAAUUCCUAAGAAGGAUAAGAAAAAUAAUAAAUAAAACAAUAAAAAAAGAAUUUAAGAAUUUUAACCUACUGUAAUCACUUUUUUCAUGACUAAUGUAUCAAAGAUUGGCUUAAAAAAGAUAAAACAUGUCCUCAUUGUAGAUAAAAACUAUCUCAACAAGAAUUAAACCAAAUUAAAAACCUAUUAGAAAACAAAGUAAUUGAACGAACAAAGAGAUUGAUAUAAAAUCUUUAGAUGCAUAGUUAACAAAAAAGUGAAGUUUAAGGAAAUUAAAUAACUUAAAAUGAUUAAUAAAAUGAAUAAAAAUCAUAAAACCAACCAUAGUAAUAAAUAAAUAAUGAAGAUAAAAAAGAAUUAAAUUAAAAUAAUAGAAAAAGCUCAGGUCAUAUUUAAAAUAAAACUGAUCAAAGUGAAUAAAAAUUAAAUAAAAAUGUAAAUGGAUUGUAAGUAGAUCUUAAUUUAAAUUAAAAAGAGAAGGAAAUGGAAAUAAAUAUUCCUUUGAAGAAAUUAAGUAAUAUGAAUAUUGUUUCUAAUAAAUCAUUGAGUAAAAAAAAGAAGUAUAGUUUCUAGUAAUUGGACUCACCUAUUAAAAAGAAAUCUUUAUCGCCCCUGUAAAAGCUUAAAUAAAAGAGUUCUUCAUAAUAAGGAGAAGACUAAGUUGAAAAUUUUAAUUUGCAUAAUUACUAAGCUGUAGUUUUAAAUAAAAAAGACUCAUAAUCCCCUAGGAAAAAAAAUAAUACAAUUGGCAUUUCUCCUUUAAUUUAAUCAAUAAAUAACUCAAACACUUCUAUUGUAUCUGAAAGAUUACAAGAUAGUUAAAUGGAAUAAAGUAUAAUAAUAGAUGAAGAUGUUUAAAAAUGCCAAAUUUACACUUAAGAAGAUGAAAAUAGUAAAAAUAUAAAUCCUGAAGACUUACAAAAUAUUAAUAUUCUGGAAUAGAUUAAAGAAGAGGAGGAAGAAGAAAAACAUUAAUAAGAACUCAAAGGACAGUUUGAUGUAUCUUUUGCAAUUAAAGAUAACCCUAUGCAUAAAGACUAGUACGAAAUCUAGAAUUAAUAUAAUCAAACAGAUUAAUUUUAAUUUGAGUAAAAUACUCAAUUAAAAAUCUCCUUUAGUGGAAUAACUUAAGAGAUAAAAUCUUAGAUUAAUUCAAGAUUAGAAAAUCUCUAACCUAAAAAUGAAAAAAAAUCUAUUAGUAAAACAUUGAAUUAAGGUCUAUAAAAGUAGCCUCAAAGUACAUUAAUAGAAAUGAAAGAUUUAUCAGUUACUAAUAACAAAAAAGACAAGUAAUGA